GCUCUACAAACACAACGAAGUCUGUUCCUAACUAGCUUAGGAAAGUGCAACCAGCCUUCGGAAAUUAGAACUCAUGCGCUGGAUAUCUUUCGAAGGUGGUCCGUCGUUCUGCAAAUGGCUGUUAAAGAGUCUUCUGGCCAGCAUAUGCCAUUUCAGCCUCCCAUCCCCUCGCGUCCCGAUCACAGCCUCAUCGGUGCAGCAUAUGAAGGGGCUUCCUUUUGGGGGAGCCCAGGAUGAUCUGCUUAGGUGGCUUCUUCGACUUCGAUCAGCGGUCACUCAGCAAUGCGUGUCACGUAAUGUCGUCCCCACACUGUUUUCGUCUUUGCUGAUAGAAGGUUGUAAUGUGAUUCUUGACGCCAUUGUGAUGGCCAGAUCUUCCUAAGUCGAGAGUCUCGGCCAUUGCUGGCUCCUUUAUCCACUCAUCCCUACUUGUGGUCACUUGCGCAAGAUGGCGACUUACGUCGCACGUCCAGUCUCCCUCAAUCGGCGAAUUACCUCCACAUCCUCGUGUCUUCUUUGGUGUUGUCGUGAUCGCUGGUCUAAGGAGGAUGAGAACGAAGCACACCUUUCAAGUUGUGGUAACGCUAUUUCAAUUAUAUGACACAGGAAUAGAUACGGUACAACCCAAUGCUGGCCCUCCGAUGUGUGUUUGAAGGGGAAAAGAGCUGUUAGCCAAACCGUAAUUCUUUGGUGGCCGUACCUGGUGAGUUCAAUCUUCACUGGUCGGAAUAUACAACCGUCUUCCAUCACACUCAUUGUGAACUGGACCAAACAGAUGUACCUGAUACUCACUCGUCCUUUUCUAACCGACUUGCCCCCAUCAAGGCCUCAUGCACAUGUCCGAACCGAGUAAUCGAACGAUCGAACAACCGAAUUACCGAGCAAUCGAUCCCUCUCCCCAACGAUCGAAAUACUGUCAGUAGAGCUAUAAAAUGGCUGGCUGCAAAGAAAUACCCGCCUUGAUCGAGCCUCUCUUCUACCACGAUCCCCAGCGUUUCCCCAGCUGCCAGCGAAGCAGGCUGUUCACUGCUUGUGAUCCAAAUUACUUCCUCUCCCGUCAGAGGCUCGAAUUCAGAUUCACGAUUCUUCUGCAGGUAAGAUACUUGGAUGAUGCAAUGACAUAUCGAUAUUGAAUCUUUAGGUUAAUCUCCAGCUACCUUGAAAACGGUGACGUGAGUCAUAACGACCAAGCUUUCUCCUACCCCGCAUUUAUUUCAACUUUCAGUCUUCCAUCUCCGGAGUCCCCAUUGCGUCUCUCUGAAGCGAUGCAAUCUCUCUACCACUCCCGAAAUAUGAAGCAACCUAUCAACCGUUGUCCUCCUUCCAUCCUUUGCGAUAUCUUUCUUUGCCUCAGUGAUAUGGCGACAUCAGAAUUCUUCGACGGCGGACCACCUCCCGAUGUCCGAGACGGAUACACCUGGUUACGAAUAAUCCUCACCUGUCAAUACUGGCAUACCGUCGCCCUUUUAUGUCCGUCGCUAUGGUCCACCAUUAUUUGCGGACACGCCAAGCUGGACACUGUCUCGCGUUACCUCAAGCGGUCCGGACAAACCUGCUUGAAAGUCCACCUCUCCGAACGCAAGACUACUCGAGUUCGCCAACCCAUCUUUUAUGCAGAGUUUCGUGAGACUUUGAAACUACUCAUACCGCAUUUCCAUCGCGUCUCCGUCCUCAAUUACAAUUUUAACCUCCUGCCUCGCGAGUUUACCCCCCUCUUCAACAGUCACACUCCUUGUCUCCGGGAACUUCAUCUUGGUAUCAUCGGACUCGACAGAAAUAUGCCCGUUAUACCGGUUCCAUCUUUACCUGUGUUCAGGGAAGCACCUAUCCAAACUCUCCAUAUCAACUCAUUCGUCGUAUGGCCUGUAUCGCACCGAUCGACUCUCACCACGCUUGUGAUAAGAAGUCCGGUGCUAAGGUCCACAGGUUCGUCUGGUCUGGAAUGCGCGAGGAGUCUUUUGGAGACAUUGAGGACUCAUGCCAUGUUGCAACAUUUGUCGCUUCUCAACUACGACGAGCAACAUGAUUUAGUUGAAAGCAAUGGCAAUGCUAGCGGGAUGGGACUAGGAGAAUUUUUACAAAUCCAACACUCCACCCCACAGAUCGACUGGAGGAAUCUUCACCAAUUAGUGAUUGCCCAUUAUCCUCCGCAUUUGGCUUCUCAAUUCCUCGGAGCGAUAACAUUGUCAGCGACAACUACGUUGGUCAUUAGACACUCUGAUGCUAUCUCAGAUAUCGGCCAAUUCCUUCCUCGCGAUAUGGUGGUUGCUCAUCAGAAUAUCCCUGGUCUUCGAACGGUCAUGGAAGCGACUGUGAUAUAUCAUUGGGAGCACGAUUUCUGCAAACUUACUCUUCAUUCGCCCUCGCACUCGGUCGUAGUGGCUAUGAGUCACCCCAUCCUGAUUUCGACUGAUCGUCACGACGGAGACGUUAAUGAACCGAGUCUAUCAAGGAUACUCAAGAUCAUCCAGAAUGGAGUAUGUGCCGGUGAAGGUGUCCGACGAAUCACUUUCAGGAGUGUGGGUCGGGCGCACGAGUUUUCGACUUUGUUUUGGCGAUCGUUCUUACUUUUGGUAUUCAACUUGCGGACCCAGCGCUCGCUCUCUUCCUCAUACAUGCCCCGUGAUCGGGGUCUCACUGCUACUUCGAACUUCCCCGAUAAUGUUGAUGCAAAGGAGGUGGUCAAAGAUGAGGUCACGGAGGAGGUUAUUGAUUUACAGGCAGGGAAUUUCGGAAGCGUCUACGAAGGGAUGGAGAUCGACCUAGAUGACAUCCUUCCACAUACACUAUUCCAGACGCUCCUCGGACCCGAAUGCGCCUACGCCCUCGAUACGCUGAAGUUUUAUAAAGAACCUUCCAAGGCUAGCAACACGGGGGAAUGCCUUGAUCCUUCACAUUCAGGGCACGCCGUCGUACAUUCCACAGAAGAAUUUCAUCCGAGAUUGGGCGGUCUGCCAUCGGUGGUGAAGACUGCGUAUGAGUGUCGGUCUCCCCUAUCUGCUGGUGCGUAUUCAGCAUUGGAUUAUGGUGGGGUUGACAAGGGUGAGGGAAGAAACAGAGCAAGUCAGAACCGGAUGCAUGUUCGGACGGUUUUGACUCUGAUGUAGGAAAGGGCGGGACUGAGGAGACUAGGGACCGAUUUGCCCCUUGUCUGCUUCUGCAGUGUAUAUAUAUAUAAUUGUACGACUCUUGGAAGAAUUUAUUAUAUGGAUCCUUUACGAUUAGU